AUGGCGGCGGUGGUGGCGGUUGGGCCUGAGGCCUGCAGCCUGUCGAGCCUGUAUCCCGCCCAAACCUCGCUGGAAUACGCCCUGCUCGACGCCGUCACCCUCCAGGAGAAAGACCAUUUGGUCUACCAGUAUCUCCAGAAGGUGGACAGUCGGGAGAGGGACUUAAAAGUCCCCGAGUUUGCGGAAGGAUUAGAAUGGCUGAACACAGAAAGCCCAAUUUAUAUGUACAAAGACCUCUCUGGGAAAGUGGUGGUACUGGAUUUCUUCACCUACUGCUGCAUUAACUGCAUUCACCUGCUGCCUGAUCUCCAUGCACUAGAACAAAAGUUUACUGAUAAAGAUGGCCUUCUUGUUGUUGGAAUCCAUUCGGCUAAGUUUCCAAAUGAAAAAGUUCUGGAUAAUAUUAAAAGUGCAGUUCUUCGCUAUAAUAUCACCCAUCCUGUGGUCAACGAUGCUGAUGCAAGCCUUUGGCAAGCACUCGAAGUGUCCUGCUGGCCAACCUUGGUCAUUCUUGGUCCCCGUGGGAACAUGCUUUUUUCUCUGGCUGGAGAGGGACACAAAGAGAAAUUAUUUUUGUUUACUUCAAUUGCUCUAAGGUACUACAAAGAUAAAGGACAGAUCAAAGAUAAUAAAAUUGGAAUAAAACUCUAUAGAGACUUUUUGCCACCCUCUCCCUUGCUAUUUCCUGGCAAAGUGGCAAUAGACAGGGCAACUGGUAGGCUAGUGAUAGCCGACACUGGACAUCACAGAAUUUUGGUGGUCAAGAAGAAUGGACAAAUCCAGUACAGCAUUGGAGGACCCAACAGUGGAAAAAAAGAUGGAACAUUUUCAGAGUCAGCUUUCAACUCACCACAAGGUGUUGCUAUUAAAAAUAAUAUAAUUUAUGUAGCAGAUACAGAGAAUCAUCUAAUUAGAAAGAUUGACUUGGAAGUUGAGCAGGUAAGCACGGUGGCCGGCAUCGGAGUCCAAGGUACAGACAAAGAAGGUGGAGCCAAGGGAGAGGCCCAGCCGAUCAGUUCACCUUGGGAUGUUGUUUUUGGAACUUCAGAGGACAACAGAGAUUAUAUUCUGUGGAUAGCAAUGGCGGGGACACAUCAAAUCUGGGCACUGCUCUUGGAUAGCGGAGCACUGCCAAAAAGAAGUGAGUUAAAAAAAGGAACCUGUCUUCGGUUUGCGGGGAGUGGAAAUGAAGAGAACCGUAAUAAUGCGUAUCCCCACAAAGCAGGAUUUGCCCAGCCUUCAGGUCUUUCUUUGGCCUCCGGAGAACCGUGGAAUUGCCUGUUCGUAGCAGACAGUGAAAGCAGUACUGUGAGAACCAUCUCGCUGAAAGAUGGAGCGGUGAAACAUCUUGUUGGAGGAGAGAGAGAUCCCAUGAAUUUAUUUGCCUUUGGUGAUAUUGAUGGAGCAGGGAUAAAUGCAAAGCUGCAGCACCCACUUGGAGUAACUUGGGAUGAGAAAGGGAAUUUGCUUUAUGUGGCAGAUUCUUAUAACCACAAGAUUAAAGUUGUGGAUCCCAAAACCAAAAACUGUGCUACUUUAGCAGGAACGGGAGAAGCAAGUAAUGUUAUCGGUUCCAGUCUUACUCUAAGCACUUUUAAUGAACCAGGCGGUUUGUGUAUUGGAGAGGAUGGGCGUUUGCUAUAUAUUGCUGAUACAAAUAAUCAUCAAAUUAAAGUGCUGGAUUUAGAAGCAAAAACUGUUUCUGUUUUCCCUAUCCUGAAUUCUUACUCUGCAGUUGAUGGUCCAACCCUAGAAAGGAAGGUGGCAAAACUACCAAAACUCCCUAGAUCUGCUCCAAAAAUUGAACUUUCCCCAUUGACUGUCUGCCCUGGCCAGACUCUUCAAUUUGGAUUAAGAUUGGUUCUUCCUGCAAAAGCAAAGCUGACGGAAGAAGCAGCCAGUUUCUGGUAUCUCACUGCUGAAGGCAAUGAAUGGCUGCUUCAAGGACAGACUCCAUUGGGGGAAAUAAAGGAUAUUUCUAAUCCAUCUGAAAUAUCACUGCUGAUUCCUUGCAGCUGUGGGUCAUUUCAAGUUAUACUAUCUAUCAAUGUAUUUCUCUAUUACUGUAGCGUAGACAACAGUGCCUGUAUGAUGAAAGGAAUCUUAUUCAGUCAGCCUUUACAAAUAGCUAAUACACACCAAGGUAGCCUAGCGCCAGUGGAGCUGACAUAUGUAUUUUAACCAACUAACCUUUCAAAUACAUCCAUAUGCUAUAAUUUAUUGAUGAAUAUUUUCAAACAAAAGCUUUCCUUCAGUCUCUUGUUCUUAGUGUUUAAUACCCAACUCAUUACUUUGAUGCUGCAUCUGUUGUUAAAAUGAAAUCACCACAGUGUCUACAUCUUUAUCAUUAGAAAUACAAAUUUCAUUGCCUUAUUAGGACCAAUUAAGUAAUCUGCUAUCAUUUGAACAUUGAUGGUUUCACAAUAGAAGCUAUAGUUUGAGUAGAAUGGUUUUGAAGUCUAAGGGUAAUCUUUUAUUGUAGCUACUGAAAAAAGAUGUUUUUCAACAUGAAAAUGGAAGGUACUGGUUAGUCCAAAAUUCAGAGCUAAGGGUCUGCUGAAUAAUUUGCAUAAACUUUCAGAUGACAAAGUAAAUUCUGCUGAAGCUCCAGAAACCAGCAUAUAGCCCUGUAAGCCCUGAUUGGCAAGGUUGGUGUUUAUAGUCAGAGAACUGUGCUUAUCAUCCUCCUUCACCCUCUCUUGCUCCUUAGGAAUGUGGGAAACAUUUAUAUAAAACACCUUAAACUUCCAGGUAAAAGUCAUCAGGGUAAAGAAAGCACCGACUGGUUGACUUGAAACUAUCUGUUAAUUAGGGUAACUGGGACUUUAUGCCCAUGGGGAGCAUGUACACACUGGAACCUCUUUUCCUAAGGAGGAGUAGCCAGUUCAGCUUGUCUUUACUUGGAGAUUGCUGUAACAAAGUGCUGGUUAGUAGAGCUUUCCCAUUGGCACCAUGCUAGCUAUCUACAUUUUUAACUGUGUUAUUUUAUACCAUAUUUCCAAAUACCUACAAAGGUGAUGGCACCUGAAUACCCUUUCACACCAAAGCUUAGUUUGAUUCAAGGAUCAUUCCACAUUUUGAUGUGCAUAGAUGCUCUCAGAGAACUUAUAUUACAGUUAUCAGCUGUUUCAUGUUUCCAUGAUAGCACUUAAAAGAAAUGUGUAUUUUAAAAUCAAUUCAAAAUAGGUAUUGUUUUCUAAUCAAAAAUGGUUCUAUUGCUUUAAUACAAUAUUCCUUAUAUGAGUACUGCCUUAUUCUGAAAAGGCAAAGUUAAUCCUUGAACACAGAUGCAUAUCCUCCUAAACUUUUGCUGAAAUAUUUGCACAGUGAUAGAAAAAUGUGUACAUUAUUGUUGAAGGAUCUGGUCAGCUGCUAUUAUGCAUAAUAAUAUUCAACUACUAGAAUAUUUACUAUGAUAGGCCAGACAGGUUUUAAUAAUCAGUGAAGAGUUUAUAUUGAUAAAUCCUUAUAUUUAUAUUUGUCCAUUAUUAAAAGCCAUUCAGAGUAAAUCUCUAAUAAUUUGGUCUUUUCAAGUUCUAACUGUUUGUUAUUAUUUAUUAGCCUUUUGAGGGGAAUUUUUAAAAGCCUAAAUAUUGUGACAAGAAUUUAGUGUAAAAACACUACAUUGAUGUAACAUUGUCUUUAAGCAAAUUGUUCUUUAAAAUGACCACCUUCCAACAUUCAAGAUGUGAUGGCAGUCCUCUGUGGUCAUCAGUAAGAACAGAGAAAUCUGGAGGUCUUUUCUGUAAAUUUUGAAAUUUUGAAAAAUGAACUUCUGUAUGCUGUUGAGGGAACUGUUAAAUAUGUUUCAGUGAA